AUGUGCAUCGCCGCCCCGCCGUCGCCAGCACCCGCCUCCUCAACCCUCCUCCUCGACCGGCCUCCUGGCGCCUCUGCUUCCUCCCGACACAAGCCAUUGCCAUGGCUGCCGCGGCUCCCCGACCUCGACCUCUUCUCCAACCACGCCCAGACGCCAACGCGGUUCGCUGUCGCCACCACCUCCCCCCGUCGUCGAUCUGCCUCGCCGGACCUCAUCGAGCCCACUGUCUUUGCCCUACGACCCCGCGGUGAGGCCCCCGGCCUCUCCCUCUCUCCCCGUCCCCGUCGUCGCGGUCGCCGUUCUCCGCACACGCACGCGCUCCCGCUCACCUACCGUGUUGGUCGCCUGCGCCCAGCGCCGCUGCCGGGUGCGCGCCCCUGCUCGACGCUCGCGUUGCCUGACCUAAGCCCGCCUCUGCCCGCAACUCCCAGCGCCUCCCCUGUCGCUGCCAACCUCCGCUGCCAGUCCCCGCGCCCUGGCUACGCGCGACCGCCGCUCCCCGCCUCUGCUGCAGCCGCCCUAUCGUGGUCUCGUCUCCGGCCGCAGCCGCCUCCACCGUCCCCUCACGCGACCCCCCCCGGUCGUCCUCUGCUGCAGGCCGCCGCUCGGCCGGCCUCGCUGGUGUCGUUCCCGGCCGGCCUCGUCGCGGCCCCGGUCGUCGCCCGACGCCGGUGCCCAUCUGCGCCGCUCGGUCCACGCCUGGUCGGGCGCCGCUAG